AUGACGCCUGACAUCAUCCGCGACUCGACCGUCGGUCAAUUGAUCAACCGCUUCACCCACGGGCGUGUCUUGCCUUACGCGGAACAGCGACCCGACUACGUUCUCCCCGCUCGCUACCGCGUCGCUUUGGAUGGUUCCGCCAUUAAAAAUUCUGCCUCUACUGCCGCAGCUUCGGUCACCACAAGUAGGACUGCGACCGCCGCUUCCUCAUUGAAGGAAGGCGCCGAAGGGGACAAAAUUUCUGCCAGCGACAAUGCCCCAGCCGCGCGCACGUUCUUGGACCUCGAGAAAUCCGACCUGCACCACGAAUCCGCCCCACAUGAACCUACAAUGGCUCUCAAGGACCUUGAGAAAGCCGACCUGCAUCACGAAGCUACCCCACACGACUCUGAACCGGUGGCCAAGGAUCCCUUCCUCGUCGAAUUCGAGGAGAAUGAUCCCGAUCGCCCGUUGAAUUGGUCCAGGAGAAAGAGGAUCUUUGUCGCUACAUUGAUCUCAUACUUAACUUUCAGCAUUUACAUCGGUUCCGCAAUCUACACGCCCUCCAUUCCUGGUCUGAUGCAGAGCUUUGGAGUCUCCCAAGUCGUGGCGACGCUCGGUCUGUCCUUGUUCGGUAAGCACGUUUUUGGCGGAGCCACCCUCGGCGCAGCGUAUUCUCGGAGCUGACACGUUGGCUUUUGCCCAAUUUCAGUCCUCGCUUACGGCAUUGGCCCCAUGAUCCUCGCACCGCUCCAAGAGAUGCCGCGACAAGGGCGGACCCCGGUCUACAUCAUCGGCCUCUUCCUCUUCUUCAUCUUCCAGUUCCCCAUCGUCUUUGCCCCCAACGUCGCGACGAUCCUCGUCUUCCGCUUCUUCUCUGGCUUCGUCGGGUCUCCCGCCUUGGCAACAGGGGGUGCCAGCAUGAUCGAUAUUUUCGAACCUCGCCACGCUCCGAUCGCCAUCGCCGUCUGGAGCAUCGGCGCUGUCUCCGGCCCCGUUCUUGGUCCGGUCAUCGGCUCUUUCGCUGCGCAAGCCAAUGGAUGGCAGUGGCCCAACUGGGAGUUGCUGUGGAUCUCUGGAUUCGCCUUCCUCGUGUUGUCAUUGUUCCUUCCCGAGACGUUCGAACCUACGGUCCUCAUCCGCCGCGCCGAGCGCAUCCGCCGACUCACGGGUGACAACCGCUUCCGCACUCAAGCGGAGAUUGAUGCCGUCGAGGGCGAGUCGUUCCUCGAACUGCUUUGGACCAACUUCAAGCGCGCAUUCCAACUCGCUGCCGAGCCCGCAGUACUCUUCGCCAACUCGUACAUCGCCUUGCUUUACGCUUGCUUCUACCUCUGGUUCGAAGCCUUCCCGAUCCUCUACGUCGAGACGUACCACUUCUCGCUCGGCAUCUCGGGUCUGCCUUACCUCGCCUUCAUCGUCUCGGGUCUCACGACCUUCUCGUUCUACAUUCUCUACUUGCUCUACCACCUCAACCCGCGCAUGGCGAAACCCGACUUCCAACCCGAAGCACGCCUUGAACUCGGCCUCGUUGCGGGCCUCUUCAUCCCCGUCUCGCUCCUCAUCUUCGGAUGGUCCGGCCAGAACCAAACGCACUGGAUCGUACCGACAAUCGGGGCUGGGUUGUACCUCCCCGGAAUUUUCCUCAUCUUCCAAUGCAUCCUCAUGUACAUCUCGAGCUCGUACCCCCCCGCCUUGGCGGCCUCGAUCCUCGCGGGCAACGAUCUUUUCCGUUCGAGUUUCGCCAGCGUGUUCCCGCUCUUUGGUACACGCUUCUUCAAGGUCCUCGGUUUGGGAGGUGGAUCGUCCCUUUUGGCAGGCGUCAACUUGCUCAUGGUCCCUUUGUUGUUCCUGUUGAUGAAGUUUGGACCUAGGCUUCGUGCGAGGUCCAAGUGGAUUCAGUAA